AUGUCGCUGUCUAACAAGCUCUCCAUCACUGACGUUGACGUCAAGGGCAAGAGAGUCCUCAUUCGAGUCGACUUCAACGUCCCUCUCGACGCCGACAAGAACAUCACCAACAACCAGCGAAUUGUCGGUGCCCUCCCCACCAUCAAGUACGCCCUCGAGAAUGGCGCCAAGUCCGUCAUCUUGAUGUCCCAUCUCGGCCGCCCCAACGGCUCUCCCAACGAGAAGUACUCCCUCAAGCCCGUUGUCCCCGAGCUCGAGAAGCUUCUCGGCAAGAAGGUCACCUUCGCCCCCGACUGUGUCGGUCCUGAGGUUGAGGAGAUCGUCAACAAGGCUGAGGACGGCGCUGUCAUUCUCCUCGAGAACCUUCGAUUCCACAUUGAGGAGGAGGGCUCUUCCAAGGAUAAGGAGGGCAACAAGACCAAGGCCGACAAGGCUCAGGUCGAGGCUUUCCGCAAGGGUCUGACUGCCCUUGGUGACGUCUACAUCAACGACGCUUUCGGCACUGCUCACCGUGCUCACUCCUCCAUGGUCGGUGUCGACCUGCCCCAGAAGGCCUCCGGUUUCCUCGUCAAGAAGGAGCUCGAGUACUUCGCCAAGGCUCUCGAGGAGCCCCAGCGUCCUUUCCUCGCCAUCCUCGGUGGUGCCAAGGUCUCCGAUAAGAUCCAGCUCAUCGACAACCUCCUUGACAAGGUCAACACCCUGAUCAUCUGCGGUGGAAUGGCUUUCACCUUCAAGAAGACUCUCGAGGGUGUCUCCAUCGGUAACUCUCUCUUUGACGAGGCUGGCUCCAAGACCGUCGGCAACCUCGUCGAGAAGGCCAAGGCCAAGGGCGUCAAGCUCGUCCUCCCCGUUGACUACAUCACCGCCGACAAGUUCGACAAGGACGCCAACACUGGUUACGCCACCGACAAGGACGGCAUCCCCGAUGGCUGGCAGGGUCUUGACUGCGGCGAGGAGUCCGUCAAGCUCUACAAGGAGGCCAUCGCCGAGGCCAAGACCAUCCUCUGGAACGGUCCCGCCGGUGUCUUCGAGUUCGAGAAGUUCGCCAGCGGCACCAAGGCCACCCUCGACGCCGUCGUCGACGCUGUCCAGAAGGACGGCAAGAUCGUCAUCAUCGGAGGUGGUGACACCGCCACCGUCGCCAAGAAGUACGGCGUCGAGGACAAGCUCAGCCACGUCUCCACCGGUGGUGGUGCCAGCUUGGAGCUUCUUGAGGGCAAGGAGCUGCCCGGUGUUACCGCUCUGUCGAGUAAGUAA